AUGGCGAACUCUCAGCUUCAGGCGCUGGCAAAGGUCCGUGGGAUGCUAGACUUUGUCCUCCACCCGUCUUCUCCUGACACGAGUGGCAUACCUGUCGAAGAUGAGAGGCUGCAGAAGGUGAUGGAGUGGGUGUCCAAGCAGGAAGAUCCCAUUGACGGCGAACUGCUGCCAGAUGCAUCCCAGACCGCAAAGGAGCUUCUGGCGAAGGGCCUGUUUAAGGACAACUUCACCGCGGCUCUCCUUAACGGGAUUGAACCCGAAGAUGGUGGGGGCGUGGGCACUCCGUUCGAGAGCGAGGGCAACGGCGACUGCUUGUUGAAUUCAGUGGCGGCAUUAUUUGCCAAGGAGGGAGGUCGAGGAGUCAGAAGUGCUGUCAAGACAAUGGCGGUGAAGCUUCGACUCAGCGUCGUGCUGUACGGGCUGAAGUACAUGGAGAUAUUUCUGCUGGAGCAGGAUGACCAUUUUGGGGCAUGGUACAACUACACGUCGGAUGUGCGGGAAAGGCUGGAGAAGAACGGGUGGCAUGUGGUGCCCGACGUCGACAACAACUGGCACGUCGGGUCGUCAAACUGCGCGCGGCUGAUGUUCCUUGCGCAGCUGCGGAGCAUAGCAAAGCCUGGGGCAUGGCUCUAA